GGUUUAUCCGGUCAGAACACAAACCCUCACCCCCUCCUAUAAAUAUCCGCCAAACCGGACCAAAUCGCCUCCUCUCGAUUUUUGGGUUCUUUCGGCUCUGCAGCGAGCGAGCGAACGCGAGGCGAAAAGCCAAGCGGAGGAGGAAGCGAUUCGAUUCCGUCCGCCGCCGCCGGUGAGAUGGCGUCGGCAUCCGAGAUCAUCCUGCCAAUCGGCACGCAGAAGCACGAUCCGGCGUGGAAGCAUUGCCUCAUGGUGCGGUCGACUGGGCGGACCAAGCUCAAGUGCGUGUACUGCUUCAAGUUGUUCCUCGGUGGUGGCAUCCAUCGCAUCAAGGAGCACCUCGCCCGGCAUAAGGGAAACGCGUCGUGCUGCCCCAAGGUGCCGCUGGAGGUGCAGCUGGCUAUGCAGCAUAGCCUAGAUGGCUCCUCGGCGAGGAGGAAGAAGAAGCUCAAGUACUCAGAGGAGGCGACGACGAAUGCUAGUCCUAUUCAAACAGCGAUACCGAUGCAAUUAGAAGGAGGCGAGGUUGGUUCCGGGAUGCAGAUGAUGCAGAUUCAGGAUGUGAUCGACAUGGGCGCAGUCCCUGUGGAGGUGCGAGAGGAGGGAGUUGUAUCUAAACCUCCUGAAAAAGUGCGGAAAAAGAGAUCAAGGUUGACUUCGCCUCUCCAAAAUUCUCUUUUCCCCCAACAGACUCCUGCUCUGAUCGCAGACGCCGGAAAGUCUAUUAUCGGAGACAGCGUCACCAAGGACCAGGUUUGUAUGGCUAUUGGGAGGUUCCUAUUCGAGGCUGGGGUGCCUCUGGAAGCUGUCAAUUCGCCACAUUUCCAAUCUAUGGUAGAUGCGCUCGCUUUGGUUGGACCCGGCGUGGGAGCGUUUUCUUAUCAUGAUUUUCGUGGCUGGAUUUUGAAGCGAUCAGUCGAAGAGAUGAAUAAUACAUUGGAGCAGUACAGGGCCACAUGGAGUCGCACUGGGUGUUCAGUGUUGGCAGACGAAUGGAUUACGGCUACGGGUAAGACUUUGAUAAACUUCUUAGUCUAUUGUCCUGAAGGAACCAUGUUCCUCAAAUCUGUCGAUGCUUCACACAUUGUGUCAUCGGCCGAUACUCUGUACGAGCUACUUAAGCAUGUCGUAGAGGAAGUCGGCGAGAAAAAUGUAGUUCAGGUCAUCACGAAUUACACUGAGAUCCAUAUUGCUGCUGGGAGUAAGUUGACUGAGGCGUUCCCAACCUUGUUUUGGACGUCAUGUUCUUCGCAGUGCAUUGAGGCAAUGCUAGAGGAUAUCAGUAAAUUGGGAGUGAUAAGUGAGAUCAUUGAGAAUGCUAAAGCAAUCACAGGAUUUAUGUAUUCUCAUGCAACUAUUCUGAACAUGAUGAGGAAUCACACAAAUGGGAAAGAUUUGAUAGUUUCUUGCAACAGUCGACCUGCCAUGAGCUUUAUUGCAUUGAAGAAUAUGAUUAGCCUAAAGGAGAAUUUGAGAACAAUGAUCACUUCCGAAGAGUGGCUGGAUUCACCAUAUUCAAGAAAGCCUGCAGGACUUUUAAUUACUGAUCUUAUUUGUAGCUUGAAUUUUUGGUCUUCUUGCGUUGCAAUUGCUCGAAUAACAGAACCACUUUUGCGGGUUCUUAAAUUAGUAGAGAGCAAUAAGAAGCCAGCCAUGGGGUAUAUUCAUCUCGCUAUGUAUCAAGCCAAACAGACAAUAAAAAAGGAACUUGUUAAGAAGGAAGACUACAUGACUUAUUGGGAGAUUAUAGACUGGAGAUGGAAUAGACAACUGCCUUGUCCUCUUUAUGCAGCCGCCUUCUUCCUGAAUCCUCGCUUCUUCUUCAGCAUUCAAGGUGAUGUGUCCAAUGAGAUAUCGUCCGGAGUGCUUGAUUGCAUAGAAAGACUUGUGCCUGACGCAAACACCCAAGACAAAAUCCAAAAGGAGCUCAGUCUCUAUAAAAGUUCUUCAGGUGACUUCGGAAGGAAAAUGGCUAUUCGAGCAAGAAACACUUUACUUCCGGCUGAGUGGUGGUUGACCUAUGGAGGAGCUUGCCCGAACUUAAUGCGUCUAGCCAUUCACAUACUCAGUCAAACUUGCAGUAUGAGGGGAUCCGAACGAGUUCAGGUUCCUUUCGAGCAAAUUCAUAACCAUAGAAUGAACUAUCUAGAGCACCAACGUCUUUCUGACCUCAUCUUCGUGCAUUAUAACUUGCGACUCCAGAGAAGACAAAUUUUCAGGCAGAAACCAUUCGAUCCAAUUUCUGUCGACAAUAUCGACGUCGUGGGGGACUGGGUUGUCGAAAAAAAUGAAUUGUUCUCUGUUGACGAUGAGCCUUCCAAUUGGAUGCUACUGAACCAACCAGUGGAAGCUCAAAUGCAAUGGGGGAAUGUAGACGAUGAAGAAAUUGAAGCUUUCCUUGCUGGCAUUGAUGAUGAGGUGAUCCAAGGUGCGGGCAAGAAUGUCGAAGAUGAUGGCGAUGUAAAAGAGGAGGUCCACGUAGAUGCUUCUUUUACGUGAAUUGAUUCUUUCUUUUUCCAUUUUUCAGAUCCCAACGUGUUAGUGUAGUUCUGUAGAUAAUUCUAUUUGCCAGGCGACUGAUCGUAUCCUUCAAUGUAUGGGACCGUUGUUCUUCCAGAAAUAAAUAUCUCGAGAGUGUAGAUUUAAUA